AUGGAACUUGGUAUUACCCGCAUUGUGACAUCUGGAUUGGUGAUGCAACUCCUAGCUGGUUCAAAAAUCAUCGAGGUGGACAACAGUGUUCGUGAGGAUCGAGCACUCCUAUUGGCAAAAGUAGAAUUCGGAUUUGGAUCGGGGGGAAAAUCAAAAUGGCCGACUAGUCGUCUCGUUCCGAUUAUCAUCUUCCGAGGACAUGUUAUCUUGGCAAAUGGUGUUAGAGUUGACUCAAAAAAUAUUGAAGCUAUUGUUCAAUGGAAAGCACCAAGAAAUGUGUCAGAGAUUCGCAAUUUUCUUGGUUUAACCGGUUACUACAGAAGAUUCGUAAAUGGAUUUUCCAAGAUAGCUUUACUGAUGACAAAGCAGUUGCAUAAAAAUGUUCAAUUCAUUUGGAGUAAUGAAUGCCAAGAGAGUUUCGAGAAAUUAAAACAGAUGUUGACUGAGGUGUCGGUUUUAACUUUACUUGAAUCGGGAAAAGAUUUUGUGAUCUACAAUGAUGCUCAUUGA